CGUCGACCAGGGCUACCUCAAUAAUUCAGCCAGUACCCACGUAGAACCAGUCGGAGUCAUAGACUGAGAUAGAAACGGCCUCGUAUCUCCACUCUCAUCUCUUGUGACAGGGUCGACGGACGGUAGAGCGCGUAGUGAAUGGCAAAGAGGGUGUCAUCUCGCUCAACAGUCCUUGAGCUGAGGGCGGCGCUUUCCCAACUCCAGCUGGACGAUCACGGCAAGAAGGAGACGCUGAUCAGACGCCUGUCGACCGCCUACAAGAAGGACGCGGCCGCCAAGGUUGCGAAGGAAGCCAUGAUCAUCCUGCCUUCCAGGCGGCCUCAACCGGUCAAGUCUUUCCUAUGCUUCGACGUGGAAGCCACAUGUAUAGCGGAUAAGACGCUAGACUGGCCGAAUGAGGUGAUCGAGUUUCCGGUCAUCCUCGUACAAUGGGAAGGAUCCGGAGCGGAAUCAUCCAAACGGAGUCCUUCCGAUAAACCCACCCUGGUGGACCCCUCGAAAUCCAGCCCCAUACCUGCUUCCAACAACGGCGCGACCACCUUGACCUCACCACCUCCUCUGAAUGAUUCCUUGCCAUCAAAAUCGACCCCGGAUUCCCAGACGGAUCUGAGCUCAAGUCCAGUCUCAACGUCGUCUGCCGAGGAGGAUCUGCCCCGACUGAAGAUUGUGGAUCAGUUCCAUUCCUAUGUUCGGCCGACAUGGAGGCCCGAUCUAUCGACCUUUUGUACUACAUUGACAGGGAUCACUCAGACAACGAUAGACGAAUCGCCGACAUUUCCACAGGUCAUAGAAAAGUUUGAGAAAUGGCUCGGAAAGCAUGGAUUGCUGCAGGAUGGAAAGCUGACGCCAGGGACGUCGUGGGUGACGGACGGGCCAUGGGAUCUGCGUGAUUUCCAGCUGCAUAUCACACCUCUGCAACCCCCGACAUUCGCCAAACCGUACCCCGCCUACUUCUCGGGGCCUUAUAUCGACAUCAAGGAGGCCAUGAAGAAUUAUCUCACAGAGACUUGGUAUCGGACGAAUUGCCCGGAAGAGCCCUUACCGGCAAAGGGCAGUCCGCAGCGGUUCAGUACGAGACCCGGACCACAUCGAUGGUCGAGACGGAGUCCAAAAUACUAUCGAAACUUGGCGGGACAGUUGGAGGCGCUGAAUAUGGGCAAGUUUCAAGGUCGGCAGCACUCUGGCAUCGAUGAUGCGACCAACGUGGCGAGAAUCUUGAUAGAGCUUGCGAGACGGGACGUCCUGCUCGAAAUGAACGACAACCUUCCACCCGCAACGAAUCCUAAGCGAUAUAAUUGGAUGGGCGAGAAACCAGGACAGGUGUAUUGGGACCGAAAGAACGGUUAGAUGAGGCAUAACUUAGGUAUAAGGUAGACAUAGCUAGUGAUGGUCGGAGACACCGAGCUCUAUCGAUGUAUUCAUAAGUAGAUGUACGAUGUACAGAUACAACCACCCUGUUCUCGUAGCUCGUAGAACUUGGGAUUCGUCAUCCGCUUGAGGGUACCGCGGAUGCAAAUCGAGUAUCGAUCAUGACGAUGAACAAGCGAGAGGGAGGUCGAUCAAU